GUCGCCAUUCAGUGGACCCACCUCUGCGCUGACAUCUCUCAGUUGUUGUUGUUUUUAAAUAUUAUUUCUUAACGUUUAUGUCAGUCGGUUUGUGUGCAGAUCAGAAACAACGACGACUCUGCAGAACCGAGUGACAUAAAUUAUCUCCAUACAGAUCGUCUUUAUCAAUUCAGAUUCUCCACAGGUCUUCAGCAACAUGCAGAACAUGUUAUGUUUUUUUCUAUUCAUAUUAUUCAUAAACGGUGUGUCUGGUUCGGAUGAAUCUGAGUCCGUGAUGGAGGGAGAUUCCGUCACUCUACACACUAAUCUUACUGAAAUACAGAACGAUGAUACCAUACUGUGGAUGUUUGGACCUAAAGACUCUGUCGUAUCUCAAAUAACGAGAAAGGCAGGGUUGACCUCAUUUUUUGUGACCGAUGAUGAGAGAUUCAGAGGCAGAUUGAGGGUGGACCAAAAGACUGGCUCUCUCACCAUCAGAAACACCAGAAUCAGACACUCAGGAAAAUAUAAACUAUCCGUCUCAAGAGAACAGACUACAAUAAAGAUAUUCAAUGUUACUGUCUUUGGUGAUGUUGGCAAGAUGGAUGAAGUGAAGUCAGUGUCAGUGAUGGAGGGAGACACUGUAACUCUACAAACUGAUGCUGAAAUACACUCAGAUGAUCUGAUAGUGUGGAGGUUUGGAGAUAAAGGCAUCCUUCUCGCUAAAAUUGAUGUGGAAACUAAAGAGAUCUCAUUAAAUGAUGAUGAUGAGAGAUUCAGAGGCAGACUGCAGCUGAAUCAGACCGGAGCUCUUACCAUCACGAAGACCAAAACUGAAAAUACUGGCUUUUAUGAGCUACAGAUCAGAGGCCGCGAGAGCUCCCAGAGAUUCCUUCUUUCUGUCAUUGGUCCAUGGCUGUCUCCAGGUCUUAUAGCUGGAAUUGUUGUUACUAUUUUGCUGGUGGCUGCUGUUCUGGCUGCUGUUGUGAUUUACUAUCGCCGCAAGAUCUCUAUACUAGAAAAAAAACGGUUAAAGAGAAAUCCGGUGAAAGAGGGAGGUUCUGUGCGUCUACAGACUGCUGCUAAAAUACAGGAAGGUGAUCUGUUGCUGUGGAUGUUUGGAAAAGACAAGAGUCUUGUUGCUACAAAUGCUACAUGGCCAAAUAAAACUGGUGAGAAUUUAAGAGCCAAUGUGCAUCUGGAAGAGACUGGAUUUCUGUCUAUCAACGACAUCACAACUAAAGAUGUUGGGCUUUAUAAACUACAGAUCAUCAACAGCAAAAAGACCAUGUGCAGGAGAUUCAAAGUGACUUUCACUGGAAACCAAAUGGAGAUUAUUUCAGAUGAAAAUGAUGAAGGGAAUCCACAUCAGGAAACGACUUCUAUUUGACAGAAGACACACCCACCACUGUCUAUCACUAUGACAUCAUCGACGUGAGCACCAUAUACAACAUCAAAAUUAUAUUUCUAUCCAUCUUGUGAAAGCGAGAAACCCAUUUAUGUUGUUAAUACAAAACUGUUAAACUGCCAAGUAAAAAGUUUCUUUGGUUGGUUGAAA